ACGAAACUAUAUCUGUUGUAUUUGUAUCUUGUCUGGCAGGUGGUGAGUAUGUAUACAAUGUAUGUAUAAUAUUUACAAGGGAGUUGUCUGGACGAGUGUGUUUGGAAAUUGGUAGUUCAGCAUCUGUAAAAGUGCAAAAGAGUAAGAAAAUGAAACAAAAUUGAUGGACAUAGUUCGGGCUUAAUCUCCGUAGUAAUAGCAGUUAGAUUCUCAGUAAAUUCACAGUAUUUGACUGAGGUUUUUUUCAUUCAUUUAGCACCUACAAUGGUGUCUUAUUUCGUCUCAAAUAAUCAUAUUACAUUCCCACAAUUUCAUUUUUUUAUUCAGCUCUAAUUCAAUUUACAAACUUUUAAAUACCUUCAGCCUUUGCCAUAAAUAAUUUGGCAGUAUAGGCCAUGUUAUUUGUGCCAGUACAAUGGACGAAUCUAACAAUUAUUUAAUUGACAGUUGAAAGUCUUGACGCAGCGUGACAGAUUAAGAUAUUAACACCAAAAAAAGAUGUAUAGUGGGAUGUUACAGCAACUUCUGCCUCUACGAAGUAUGUUAACUACACAACUAGCAAAUUUCCACACCAAAGGAGCUUGUUAUGCGGCUGCCAAGAAGACAACGACGGCAGCUGGAGGUGUGAUGGGUCUGGGAAAGGGUAAGAAGAAAGCUGGCAAACUCACUGCCAUGGAAAAGAAAGAGAUGCCUGUAGAAACAGAUCCCCACAAGCUGGUCAACUACGUAUGUGGCUCCAACAUAUACACGACAGGUGAAGAUGUCAAGAUAAAGCCGGACAGUGAGUACCCAGAGUGGUUGUGGAGCCUCAACACGGGGGCUGCUCCUCGCAUCGAGGACCUAGAUCCGGAGACAAAGCAGUACUGGAUCCGGGUGCGCGCCGCCGGUAUGAGGAGGAACAAUAAACUGCGCAGUCUCAGGAAGUUCUAAGGCCCUUGUUGUCUGUUAGCUGUUCUAAUUAAACUAUUUAUAGCCAAUAAAUAAUAAUAAAACUAUAUGACAAAUAAUGUUUA